AUGGCCAUCGGUAACGGAUAUCUGAGCGAAUAUCUACAAGACAAUUCAGAAAUAGCCCUACAAUACGGUCACGGAUUUAAUGGAGUCGAACCUGAUGCGUACAACGUCUAUCAGGACUGUUACUUGACGCCGAUUAGUCCAUUUGGCAGAGCUUCUCAAAAAAUAGCUGGAAGACGAAGAGCUGUCCUACAACGGCGCCGGACGGCCCUCGCGGGGCUCACGGCCUCAGCUCAGCAGCCUCUUUUCAACAACAAUGGCGACAAUUCCUGGUACGGGUCCACAGAUGCAUUCCACGGGUUCGCAUGUUUCAAUGAUGAUAACAUGCAGACAUAUUUGAAUCGCCCUGAUGUUAUGACAGCACUUCAUGCGAAAUUGGUUCAUCGUAGUCAAGUGGACGGAUUGCAGGUGAUUGCCGUGUAA